AUGAUGAUGAUAUCAUUCUACUUCGCCGCCAUUCUCGCGGCUGCCUCCUUCUCCCAGGCUAAGCAUAAGAAAAAACCGAAGGAGAAGAACCCGCCACUGCCGGCACCUACCAACCUCUUCCCCGCAGCAAAAUUCAAAUCAUGGGAUCACCUUUAUUCUAGGCAGUACGAAAUACCUCCGCCAAAGAACAUGGGACGGUGGAUCCACCGGGAACCGAUUCUAGCACCCGUCGACUUAGACGGGACGGAGGUAUGCCUGCCGGAAAACGUCGUAAAAGAGUUCCGCGACAUGGAUAUCUACUGUACCCAGGAUUUCGACAGCAACUGGGAGGAUCGCGACUUCUACAUCUACACCGCCGAGUACAACUACAUAAAGAACUUAACUGAGUUCUGGAAAUACGGAUAUUGGUAUGGAAAUCCAGAAGAGGAAGCCUGCGAUAAAUACAAGAAACACUGGACAAUUGGGAGCUGUCGCCUGGGAAACUCAAAUGCGGAGCACCACUGCUGCACGGUCCAACGAAAGGUCGGGUACCAGAUCUGGUCGGUCCCGAUUGCGACCUACUCUACUACCCCUUUAAAGCCAAAUAAGCUUUCUGAUAAGGAAAACCCCAAGCACCAGGUAACACCACCGCCGUCAGUCCCGCAAGAUGUACAAGACCGCCUGGAAGCGAGCCGCAUAGGUGCAAAACACAGUCCUGUGUUUGAAAUCCCGCAGGUCAAAGAUACUAACCUGCCUGCCAUUGGGUACUACCAAGGAGGCAACUAA